UGGGAGGAGCUAAAGCUCGCGCUGCUCCCUGAGUUCGGCAGUUUCCUAAAUACAGCGGACGAGGACCUGUCUGCCGAAGACACUUCAAAUAAAAAGUAACUUUUUACAGAAGCUGACCAAGUGAGUCUCAGAGCUGAAGGAAGAAUUGCCGUCUGUUAAAUCGUCUCCCCAUUUUUGCCUAGCACAUACCAAACAACACAAGCAAGACAUGAAACACUGACACUGGUGGAACACAGCUGACAGUGGAGAUAUGUAUUAAGGAUUGUCUGUUGAACUCUUGACUACCUGAAGUCCGCUGAUCUUCUUCUUCAGCUGUUGGAGGAAUUUUUUUUUGCAAUGGGGAGGAAGAAGAUUCAGAUCACCCGGAUUGUAGAUGAAAGGAACCGACAGGUGACUUUCAUGAAGAGGAAGUUUGGUCUGAUGAAGAAGGCCUAUGAGUUGAGCGUUCUGUGUGACUGUGAAAUCGCCCUCAUCAUCUUUAACAGCUCCAACAAGCUGUUCCAGUAUGCCAGCACUGACAUGGAUAAAGUCCUGCUGAAAUACACUGAGUACAACGAACCCCACGAGAGCAGAACCAACUCUGACAUUGUAGAGGCCCUGAACAAGAAGGAGCACAGAGGCUGCGACAGCCCCGAUGCUGACUCCUCCUACGUCCUCACCCCCAAUACUGAGGAGAAAUACAAGAAGAUUAAUGAAGAGUUUGACAACAUGAUGAAGGGUCAUAAAAUUACCCCCGGGCUUCCCCAGCAGAACUUCAUGCAUGGCAGCAUGUCGUACAGCCAAGGUGCAGGAGGAGGAGCAGCAACCUCCCAAGCUCUAGCUGCAGCCACAGCUGCUCUGGAUGACAAUGGGACCAUCUCCUCACCACACACACACCUCCACAGAAACAACAACCCUUCACAAAGACCUCCCAGCACUGGAAAUACAGGUGGCUUGCAGGGCAGUUCUGAUAUGGCUCUGCAUGUGUCUGGACCAGUUGUGAACGGUUUUGUGGGCUCACAUGGUGGAGACAGCUUGGGGAAGAUCAUACCUUCCAAAUCUCCUCCUCUUCCUCCUCCUGGGAACAACAUGGUCCCUACCAGCCGCAAGACAGACCUCCGAGUGGUCAUCCCUCAGUCCAAAGGAAUGAUGCAAACACUGAGUAACCAGAGGCAGAGCAGCAGUCAGUCCAGCCAGCCUCUGUCCACCCCAGUGGUCUCCAUCACCACACCCAGCCUGCCUCACCAGAGUCUGGGCUACUCUGGCAUCAGCUCUGCCUACAACAACGAUUACUCUCUGAACAGUGCAGAGCUGUCGGGCUUCGGCCCCCCUGGAGGGUCCUCUUUGGGCUCCAUGGCAGCAUGGCAGCAACACCAGCUGGGCUCGCUGGGGUCCAUCAACACCAACCACAACGUCAACAUCAAAGCCGAGCCGAUCUCACCCCCCCGUGACCACCGCAGCCAAUCAGGGUACAUGACCCAGGUUCACGCCCCUCCCCAUCCUCACCCAUCCACCAGAGCAGAGAUGGGGAGGUCUCCUGCAGACAGCGUCUGCUCCUCCUGCAGCUCCCACGAGGGGGGCAGCGACCGCGAGGAGCAGCAGCAGCGGCUGGACUUCCACAUGAGUCGCUCAGAGGGCAGGGAGAGUCCCACGCUCAAACGCAUGCGAAUGGACAGCUGGGUGACAUAGACACCCUCACCGGGGCGAUCGCAGGAGGGACACUGUAAUGCAAAUGGAGUGUGGAUUGUGUUGAUGUGUUUCUGUUAUUUUCACUUUCAGUUAUCUUUGUUUUUUAUGUUUCUUUGUGGACAGAUUUCUGUGGUCGGAAGCGCAAUUAUGGAUCUUCAGUGAUCAGAUAAAACACAACACGACGUCCUUUUUCAAAUACAAAUCAUUUAAACAUCAGAGACAAUAAUAAUGUGGGUCCAAGUGCAGUACAAUCUGUCAUUUUCUUAUUCAGUGGGAUGGAGUACUUUACACAGAACAAUCAGAAAAGUCUUGUGGCUUCAUGUUUUGGGUAGCAAAGCAGUGAAGUGCUUCUGGGUGGGGGGGGGGGUGUCACCUAAUUCAUUUCUGAUCUUCUCAGGGUUUGAAACAUUGAACAAGUCCAACAUGGAAGUAAUACUCCCUGCACAUCAUCCCUGUUAGUCCUAUUUAUAAAAACACUUAAUUUAUAUCAGCCAAAGCAAUGUGCUGUUUAUAUGUUGUUUGUGUUUGUUUUUAUAUUGUGCACAGAAUAAGACAAUUUUCAGAGAUUUAAAACUGAAAGCCAUGGACACUUGUUCUGUAUGUACUAUACUAUGAAAUAUGUCAUUACUGUUUUGUAUAUACUAUCUUUAAUAUAUAUCACUUUUGGUGUAACUAUA